AUGGGUUCUGAGAAUGAGGUUGCUCUGGAGGAAGAGAAACGUGUAAUUGGUGUGACAGAUGAGAAGGAUAUAAACAAAGAAGAUGCAAACGUUUGUGGUGCAGAAAUUCAAAAUGAGAAUGAAGCAUCUGAGCUUGAAAGCCACGUUUCUGGUGAUGACACAGUUGAAUCUGAAGCCUCAAAACAUGCCAAGGAAACAAAGAGUAGAGAAAGUGUUGCUUCCAAGAACAACAAAGUUGUCAAAGAUAAAUCAAAUUUGAAGGGAACAACUUCAAUAUCUAGAAAACAAAGGCCAACACUUUCUCAGAGCUUUUCUUUCCCAGCCAAAUCGACUGGUGGAGAUUCAAUGCAGAAAAGCAUUGAUGAUUCUCUUGUUAAGACCAAAGUUAAAAAUGCUAAAGCCUCCAAUCUUCGUCAUUCACGCAAGUCUACAAACUCUGUGUUUGGAAGGUCUACUUCACUUGGUGCAGCCACCGAGAGUCACACAUCUGAUGCAUCCCUAAGUGCUACUCUUCCUCAGAGAAACAAGUGUUCUGGAUUUUCAUCUAGAUUGGAAAUAAGAGCUGAAAAGAGAAAGGAGUUUUUCUCAAAAUUGGAAGAAAAAGUUCAAGCCAAGGAAGUAGAAAAAUCCCAUCAACAAGUCAAAUCAAAGGAAAACCAAGAGGCAGAGAUCAAGCAAUUGAGAAAGAGUUUGAGUUUCAAAGCCACUCCAAUGCCAAGUUUCUAUAAGGAACCACCUCCAAAAGUUGAGCUAAAGAAGAUACCUACAACCCGGCCACGAUCUCCAAAGCUUGGAAGGAACAAAGAGUCUUCUUGUUCAAGUCCACGUGAGAAUCAACCGCAGAGUGAUUCAGCCAAGGCAAAGAUCAUAAAGGGACAUAAAGAUGUGAUUUUGAAGAAACCAAUCAUGAAAACUCAAGAUAUAGUGAAGUUUCAAGAAAAUGAAACCAAAGGAAGCAAUGAAGAACGCACAAAUGAGUCUGAGACAGAUCAUUCUACAAAUGAUCAUGCUCUGUCUUUAAAUUCUACUGCACCUGAGAUUGUAUCAUACGAGGCUUCUGUUGAAGUGUAG